UGAAAUUUUGAAAAGAAGAAAAUCCAGGAUCAGUGCUCUGGCACUUGGUAAGAAAAUCCCAUGAACUCUUGAUAGCAUGUUCCAUGAUUUAUACUAUUAAAAUGCAGAUGUAAAUUAGCAUACGUUUUGCAAAUUAUCGAUUUGUUGAAAUGGCUGGCUCUCAAAGAAAGGAAGAAAGGAAGAAAAAAAGAAAGAAAGAAAAAAGAAAAGGGAAAGAAAGAAAGAAAGGAAGAAAAACACACACACUUGGGAUGGAACCCUUUAGGGCAUAAAAAGGAAUAGAAUCCUUUAUUUAGUUAACUUCGUUAUUUGCAGCCGGUAUGUCAUCUGUGAGAGACUGAUGUCAUGCAGAUUGAAUGCAGAGGCAAACGUGUGUGUGUGUGUGUGUGUGUGCGUGUGUGUGUUCGUGCGCACGCUUGCGUGUGCUUUAAAGCCCCACUCCCAGAAUAUGAAGUGAGUGUGAAGGGCACCACAACAACCCCUGGAUCUGUCAAGAAUGUACCUAUUUUUAACAAACUGGAUCAAGUGUCAGCGCUCAAUAGGAGAUGAAGAAGGGGGUAGAGACUGUGUUCUUCAGAUUCAGCGGAUGGUAAACGGCCCUCUGGCAUGUUUACAAUACAGCUGUGCGUUCUUAAUGGCUCUGCUGCUACCACGUCAGUGCAGCUGUCUGCUUCAGGAAGUGAGGUCUACAGCAACGAGGAGAAUCUUCAAGAGCUGCCUCGCAGUGUGACAUGUCUGAGCCCUUACUCCAGUCCCUGCAGCAUGAACAAGGGUGUGAACGGCAUGUCUGUGGAUGAGAAGCCUGACUCCCCCAUGUAUGUGUAUGAGUCCACAGUCCACUGCACCAACAUCCUCCUGGGCCUCAAUGACCAGCGGAAAAAGGAUAUUCUCUGUGACGUGACUCUGAUUGUGGAAAGGAAGGAGUUCCGGGCCCACCGGGCUGUGCUGGCCGCAUGCAGUGAAUACUUCUGGCAGGCGCUGGUUGGACAGACGAAAAAUGACUUGGUGGUCAGCUUGCCUGAGGAGGUCACGGCCAGGGGCUUUGGGCCUCUGCUACAGUUUGCCUACACCGCCAAACUAUUACUCAGCAGAGAAAACAUCCGCGAGGUCAUCCGCUGUGCUGAGUUCCUGCGCAUGCAUAACCUGGAGGACUCCUGCUUCAGCUUCCUGCAGACCCAGCUCCUGAACAGUGAGGAUGGCCUGUUCGUGUGCCGGAAGGACACAGCGUGCCAGCGCCCGCACGAGGACCAUGAGAACUCCGCGGGAGAGGAGGAGGAGGAAGAGGAGGAGACGAUGGACUCCGAGACGGCCAAGAUGGUGUGCCCCAGGGACCAGAUGCUUCCAGACCCCAUCAGCUUUGAGGCCACCGCCAUCCCAGUAGCCGAGAAGGAAGAAGCUUUGCUGCCCGAGUCCGAUGUGCCGGCCGACACCAAGGAGAGCUCCGAAAAGGACGCGUUAACGCAGUACCCCAGAUACAAGAAAUACCAGCUUGCAUGUACCAAGAAUGUCUACAAUGCAUCAUCACACAGUACCUCAGGUUUUGCAAGCACAUUCAGUGAAGAGAACUCUAGCAACAGCCUCAAGCCGGGGCUUGCCGUGGGGCAGAUUAAAAGUGAGCCGCCCAGUGAAGAGAACGAGGAAGAGAGCAUCACGCUCUGCCUGUCCGGAGACGAGCCUGACAGCAAGGACCGAGCGGGUGAUAUCGAAAUGGACCGGAAACAGCCCAGCCCCGCCCCCGGCCCCGCCCCCGCCGCCGGGGCCACCUGCCUGGAGAGAUCCAGGAGUGUGUCCUCCCCCUCCUGUUUAAGGUCUCUGUUCAGCAUAAAAAAUAGUGUGGAGUUGUCUGGCCUGCCCAGUACCUCUCAGCAGCACUUUGCCAGGAGUUCAGCGUGCCCUUUUGACAAGGGGAUCACUCAGGGUGACCUUAAAACUGACUAUGCCCCUUUCCCGGGGAAUUACGGACAGCCCCACCUGGGCCAGAAGGACCCGUCCAACUUCACCAUGGGGUCGCCCCUCAAGGGGCCUGGGUUGGAGGCUCUCUGUAAACAGGAAGGAGAGCUGGACCGGAGAAGUGUGAUCUUCUCCUCGAGCGCUUGUGACCAAGUGAGCACUGCGGUGCAUUCGUAUUCUGGGGUAAGCAGUUUGGACAAAGACCUCUCCGAGCCGGUGCCAAAGGGUCUGUGGGUGGGGGCUGGCCAGUCCCUCCCCAGCUCACAGGCCUACGCCCACGGUGGGCUGAUGGCUGACCAUUUGCCAGGAAGGAUACGGCCCAACACUAGCUGCCCGGUGCCGAUCAAAGUCUGCCCUCGCUCGCCCCCCUUGGAGACCAGGACCAGGACUUCCAGCUCAUGCUCCUCCUAUUCCUACGCAGAGGAUGGGAGCGGGGGCUCACCCUGCAGCCUCCCUCUCUGUGAGUUCUCCUCCUCGCCCUGUUCCCAGGGAGCCAGAUUCCUAGCCACAGAACAUCAGGAACCAGGCCUGAUGGGAGAUGGAAUGUACAACCAAGUCCGACCCCAAAUUAAAUGUGAGCAGUCUUAUGGAACCAACUCCAGCGACGAAUCCGGAUCGUUCUCGGAAGCAGACAGUGAGUCGUGUCCCGUGCAGGACAGGGGCCAGGAGGUAGGGAACCCGCAUAAAUUCAAGCAUGUGAUCCACUCUUGCAGUCCUUUAUCUGGACUCUACCUGCUGCCCCACUCCCAGAUUAAAGGUUCCAGGAAAGGGACUGCCUUCCCCAUCCACAGAGGCAGGAUGCUUCAGAGUUAUUCCAAAUUAACCACUUUUGUCCUAGAAGGCACUUGA